AUGCGCUCCGCACUGCUGACCGCGGUCCUCGCCGGAGUCGCCGUUCAGGCGGCGCCUUCACCUAUGGCCGCUCGCUACGAUCAUGAGAAGAGGCUCAGGUUCCGAGUCGAUGGUAGCUUUCAUCUUUCCGUGUUUUCUGACCUUCAUUUUGGCGAAAAGCAGGGUACUGCGGAGGGUCACAAGCGGGAUGAAAAGACAAUCACCGUCAUGAACAACGUGCUCGACGCCGACCCAACGGAUUUGGUCGUGCUCAACGGCGACCUCAUCACCGGCGACGCCUCCACGACAAAGAACAUGUCGGGUUACGUGGAUACCAUCGUGCAGCCCAUGGUCAAGCGCGGGAUAUGGUGGGCGUCGACCUACGGCAACCACGAUAGUAGCCAGAACCUUGAUCCGAGAAACAUCCUUGAGCAUGAGACCCGGCACCCCGGCGCUCUAUCGGCGAGCAUGGCCAAGGGCAAGGAAGUUGGCGUCACCAACUACGUCCUUCAGGUCUACCCCUCCAACUGCACCCACUCCGGAAAGGAUACCAAGACGGACAGGUCGGGCAAGCCCUGCGUUCCGAACAUGCUCCUAUGGUUCUUUGACAGCCGCGGCGGCGAGUGGUUCGGCCGCAAAGGAAAGGACGGCAAGCCAGUGCCCCGGCCCAACUGGGUCGACCUCGACGUCGUUAGAUGGUUCCGCAAGACCAGCGUGGAUAUUCGACGGCAGCAUGGCAGGGUCAUCCCGUCCCUGGCAUUUGUCCACAUCCCCACCAACGCCACCAACUUUGUCCAGGGAGAGGUACGAGGCGACGAUAACCCAGGCAUCAACGACGAAACCCCGGUCUCGCAGCAGGCCCAGUACUGGUGCAAGGACGGCACCUGGGGGGGCAAGGGCAACGCCAAAUGCCGUUGGGGCGAGCAGGACGUUCCCUUCAUCCGGGCACUCUCCGGCACCGAGGGUCUCAUGGCCGUCUUCUCCGGCCACGACCAUGGUAACACGUGGUGCCGCCGCUGGCACGAGGUCAUCGAUAGCGAGAACAUCCAGGGGAACAACAUCAAUCUGUGCUUCGGCCAGCACACGGGCUACGGCGGCUAUGGAGACUGGGUCCGCGGUGGGCGCCAUAUUGUCGUCACUGAAGAGCUUCUCAAGAAGUUUGCUAUUGACACAUACAUCCGUCUCGAGACAAAGGUCGCCGUCGGUCGCGUGAGCCUCAACAGCACAUACAACAGGGAUAGAUACCCUAUCACGAAGAACGACAAGACCUUUUUGUAG